UGUGGGAAGAGCUUCAAGUUCCAGAGUGUGCUCAAAAGACACCAGCGCAUUCACACAGUAGAGAAACCGUAUCAGUGCGCACAGUGUGUGAAGAGUUUUAAUACACAGAGUAAUCUUGAAGUACACCAGCACAUGCACACUGGAGAGAAACCGUAUCAGUGCUCACAGUGUGGAAAGCAUUUUAAUAGACAGAGUCAUCUCAAAAGACACCAGCGCAUUCACACUGGGGAGAAACCAUAUCAGUGUUCACAGUGUGGAAAGAGUUUUAAUAUACAGAGUAAUCUCAAAACACACCAGCACAUUCACACUGGAGAGAAACCGUAUCAGUGCUCACAGUGUGGAAAGCAUUUUAAUAGACAGAGUCAUCUCAAAAGACACCAGCGCAUUCACACAGGAGAGAAACCAUAUCAGUGCUCACAGUGUGGAAAGAGUUUUAAUGGACAGAGUUGUCUCAAAAGACACCAGCGCAUUCACACUGGAGAGAAACCGUAUCAGUGCUCACAGUGUGGAAAGAGUUUUAAUGGACAGAGUCAUCUCAAAAGACACCAGCGCAUUCACACUGGAGAAAAACUGUAUCAGUGCUCACAGUGUGGAAAGAGUUUUAAUGGACAGAGUGCUCUGAAGAGACACCAGCACAUUCACACUGGAGAGAAUCCAUAUCAGUGCUCACAGUGUGGAAAGAGUUUUAAUAGACAGACUAAUCUCAAAAUACACCAGCGCAUUCACACUGGAGUAAAACCAUAUCAGUGCUCACAGUGUGGAAAGAGUUUUAAUCGAAAGAGUGCUCUCAAUACACACAAGCGCAUUCACACUGGAGAGAAACCGUAUCAGUGCUCACAGUGUGGAAAGAGUUUUAAUGGACAGAGUGAUCUAAAAAGACACCAGAACACUCACACGGGAGAGAAACCGUAUCAGUGCUCACAGUGUGGAAAGAGUUUUAAUAUACCGAGUCAUCUCAAAAUACAUCAGCGCAUUCACACUGGAGAGAAACCGUAUAAAUGCUCACAAUGUGGGAAGAGUUUUCUUAGACAGAGUGAGCUCAAAAUACACCAGCGCAUUCACACUGGAGAGAAACCAUAUCAGUGCUCACAGUGUGGGAAACGUUUUAAUAGACAGAGUGAUCUAAAAAAACACCAGCGCAUUCACACUGGCGAAAAACCAUAUCAGUGCUCACAGUGUGGGAAGCGUUUUAAUACACAGAGUAAGCUCAAAACACACCAGCGCAUUCACACUGGAGAGAAACCAUAUCAGUGCUCACAAUGUGGAAAGAGUUUUAAUACAAAGUGUGAGCUCAAAAUACACCAGCGCAUUCACACUGGAGAGAAACCGUAUCAGUGCUCACUCUGUGGGAAAAGUUUUAAUCAACAGACUCAUUUCAAAACACACCAGCACAUUCACAGUGGAGAGAAACCAUAUCAGUGCUCACAGUGUGGAAGGGGUUUUAAUACAAAGAGUGAUUUGAAAAAACACCAGCACAUUCACUCUGGAGAGAAACCAUAUCAGUGUUCACAGUGUGGAAAGAGUUUUAAUCAACAGAGUAAUCUCAAAAGACACCAGCACAUUCACACUGGAGAGAAAACGUUUCAGUGCUCACAGUGUGGUAAGGGUUUUAUUACAAAGAGUGAUCUCAUAACCCACCAGCGCAUUCACACUGGAGAGAAACCGUAUCAGUGUUCACAGUGUGGAAAGAGUUUUAAUACAAAGAGUGUGGUUAAAAUACACCAGCGCAUUCACACUGGAGAGAAACCAUAUCAGUGCUCACAGUGUGGGAAGAGUUUUAAUCAAAAGAGUCAUAUCAAAAUCCACCAGCGCAUUCACACUGGAGAGAAACCGUAUCAGUGCUCACAAUGUGAAAAGAGUUUUACUAGACAGAGUGAGCUCAAAAUCCACCAGCGCAUUCACAGUGGAGAGAAACCGUAUCAGUGCUCACAAUGUGGGAAGAGCUUUAAUACAAAGAGUGCUCUUAAAAGACACCAGGGCAUUCACACUGGAGAGAAACAUUAGCUGCAUCCAGAGUUGCAUACUAACAGAGUCUGUACUAGAUUGGAGGAAGUACGCAGCGCUUUCAGUACAGAAGUGUGCAGUAUGCACACAACACUAGGGGUGGGCAAUAUGGCCUUUAAAAAAUAUCACUCGCGAUACAAAAGAACACUUUUGUUUUGCAGACACUCAGGAA